AUGAGUUUCUCUCUGACUUUCACGGAGCUGGUCAACGUAGCCAUACCACAGUGUGGGGUGGUGAACUUCAAGGCCCUUCACCUCCUGCUCCAGGGCAUCCUGGAUCACAUCCAAAUCGCUGAGCUCAAGAAAGUCCUUUCAGGGGAAGAGGACUUCCUUCAGUCCUCACCGGUGGUGUUUAUGCCCAGGGAGGGAGAUGCCCAGCCCAUCGUUAACCCAAUGAAGAGGCUGAGCAACAUCUUUGACCAUGUGGUGGACCGCAUCGAAAAGGUCGAGUGCAAGCUGGCUGAGAUCCAGGACAUACCCACCACCUCACAGCUGGUAGAGGACAGCGACGGGAACAAGCGGCCCGCUGAGGAAAUGUGGAACAAUAUCAAGAUCCAGAAGAGGAUAGAGGGCAACGAGAAAGCCACAGAAAAGUUUACCAAGACUCUUCAGGAUCUGCUGAGCGACCUUCAUAUACUCAAGAGCACCGUUGAAACUGUCCAGAAGGAUGUGGACACGAUCAAGUUUAUAUUUGAUAAGGUAGUCAUCGCUCUCUCUUUGCUCUACCAGAAAGGGAGGAGAAAGGUUUAUGCCACGCUAGCAAACCAUUUGCCCCGUUCCCCUGAACUUUCUGUGAUCCCUCAGGUAAACCCACAAAAAGUAGAACUUCUCGGUGAUGACUUGAAAAUACAGAGCCGGAAGCUGGGUGCCCUGCAGCGAGAAGUGGUUACCCUCCAGAACAAGGUUCGUGCUGUCCCCCAACCCGAGGAUCUGGUGCUCUGGAGUGGCCUCCACGAGGCCAUGUUUGCUCCGGGGCAGCAUAAGCUGGAAGUGGAGCCGUCCAGUGUAUGGCCGAGCAUGACCUCUCUUCCAGAGUCUCCUUUGGAGCUGCAACCUGAGGACAUUCAUGUCCCCAUCCACACUGCCGCCACCAUGCCCACCUUGGUGCAGCUUGGAACCACAGGAGUCCUCAGGGAAGAGGAGCUUGCUCGGGCUGCUCAACUUCCCGACGUCCAGGGCGCAGUGCAGGCUCAGGCCUCUGUGUCUCGUACACAGAGUCUGAGACAGGCUGUCGCUGUCCCUGUCCCUGUCCCUGUCCCUGGAUUUGCGCCUGUUCCUGGUUUCAUGCCAGUCUAUGGGCCUCGACCUGGAAUGGCUCCCCCAGGUCCAUGGACCUUACCACCAAGAGGCUGGGCUAGGGGUAACGUUUGGCCUAUGUGGGAUAUGGGUUCCUACCCGCCUGGCCUAGGUCCAUUUCGCCCUACGGGCCCGAUGCCCAGGGCUCCUUUCCCAGCCAUGGAAAGUGGAAUACCAUGGACUGAGCCACUGCCACAAGACGCCCGCCGGCUCCCAGGUCUUGAAGAAAAAGGGCCUGAAUAUGAGGAUUACUACGCGGAAGGCUAUCAGGAAGAGAUACCUAUGGAAGAGGCUCCCCAGGAAGAGAUCGUCGCUGAAUAUGGGGCUCUCGAGGAAGAGAUGCCUACGGAAGGGGCGGCUCCCCAGGAAGAGAUGCCUACGGAAGGGGCUCCCCAGGAAGGGACUCCCAAGAGACGAGCUCAGGAGAAGAUUUCCAAGGAAAGGGUCCCCAGGUACAGGACCCCCAAGGAGAGGGCUACCUAUCACAAAAUCCCCAAGGACGUGGCUCCCCAAGAAGACAUAGACACCAAAGAUGAGGCUCCUGAAACCAAAGUCCUCAAAAAGGUGAUCUACAAAGACAGACCCCAGAAGGACAAGGCCCCAGAACCACGCCGGAAGGGCCCUCCGUCCGCCAUAAAGAAGCUGAGGUCUGCUGUUGCCAUAGCUGCAGCAGCUGCCGCCGCCUACGCAGCCGCAGCAAAUACAGCAGCCCAGGCAGCCAAAGAUGCUGUCAAGGCCGUCCAGGAUGUUCCUGCAAGCCAACUGGCUACCAAAGCAGGGUUCAUUGCAUCAUCAGGGCCGUUAGGGGCCUUUGCAGAUUUCCUGGGUGCAGGAUUUGGCCGCGGGGCCACUGCCACCAUCCCCUUCAGUGAGGAUGAGAUGGAAGAGCUUCCUGAAGAGUUUGCAGCACCCUUUAACCCCUUCACACCCAAACCAAUGCUGUCCCAGGCCAUGAUAAAUGCCAUGCAAGCUUCGAGUCCUGAAGAAAAGAAAAAGGCUGUGCAGUACUCCAUGAGCCACAUUGCCCAGAUGCCCAGCCGACAUGACUCCCUAAAAGAAGAGUUUGCCACACUGUCGACCACCUUAAACCAGCGCUUAAAUUACCUAGCUAACAUGGGAAGUUCGGGUGUGCUUGGUAACACAGUAAAUGUACUGGAAGAAAAGAUUAUUAGCCUCCAGAAGGCCAGGCUGCAGGAAGAAGAGCUGGAGAGAGUUUGGGGCCACCAGAUAGAUACGAUGAAGAGUCACUACAUGGUGCUGGACAGGGCAGUGGAAAGGCUCCAGAUUCGCAUGGAUGACUUGAAGGUCCUCAAGGCGGAAAUAGAAAGGCUGGAUCUGGUUAAGGCAGACAAAAAAGUGAUGGAUCUGGAGCUGAAUGAGAAAGCUGACAAGGACACGUUGGCAAGCAAGGCAAACCGAGUGGACUUGGAGACGGUGGCGAUGGAGCUGAAUGAGAUGAUCCACAGUGUGCUCCUGAAGAUCACUAACUACGAGUCUGACUGGAAGAAGGCUCUGAAACACAUUAGGAAGGACUUGAACACUAAGCUAGUCCAGAGCGAUCUGAACAGCCUGAAGAAGGACGUAGAGGAGGUCUGGAAGGUGGUCCGGAAGCUUCUGAUAGAAGGCCUCCGAUUCGACCCCGACAGCGCUGCAGGCUUUAAGAAGAAACUGUUUGAGAGGGUGAAGUGCAUCUCCUGCGACCGGCCUGUAGAGAUGAUGACUGGUCCACAGCUGAUCACCAUCCGUAGCACCCAUGGGCGAAUAAGGCCAGCUAGCGCCAACAGUUAUGAGUACCUGCAGCGGCAGAUGAUAAGGGAACAACAGCAGCAGCUGCAUUUCCAGAACUUUGGAGUCCAUGAGGAGGGUCUGGGUUUCCAGAAGGACUGGGGUGACGGGCCCCGAAAUGAGACCAACUUGAAGCACAAGUCAAACGACCUGUCAACAGUCUAUCCUUAUGGGGACCCUGAGCUGGUGGACUAUGACACUGCCGAGGUGGACAUCCUGGGGGUGGACGGAGUUCUGUACAAAGGCCGAAUGAGCAGCCAGUUUGGGACUCGGAUUGGGGAGAAGGACAUUGCAGCUGUGAAAGUUUCCUAUUACACCGUUCCAAACCUGCCUGAUCGUGUGCGCCCGGGAUCCUUGCAUGCUCCGGGCUACCCGCCCUUGGGCCCCCGCACCAGUAUCAGCUCUGCCACCACUCUACACUCUGCCACCACCACCUCAAUGGCACGGCCACCAUCCCUGCCACCAGUGCCGCAGCUACCACCACUGAUCCCCGUCUCAAGGGAUCCCCAAGAGGCUCCUGGAUCCGCCAAGCGCUUGAAAUCUCCACGGCUGUAGCACACCAACCUGUGAGACCCAAGCCUGUGACCCAACUACCAUGGGGUCCCCUUCGUUCAAAGCAAGAGACCCAGAGCCCUGAACAGAUCCAGGGAAGGGUGCAGGGAUCCUGGAUCCAGGGGAAGGAAGGGUCUGCAGAGGGGACCCAUAUUGACUCAGUGUUUAACUGUGUAUCUAAAAUACAGACCACACAGACCUUCCUGGCCAACCUUUUCAUGGAUAACAGAGCUUCUGAGUGAAGUUUUUACAGAGCCAACUGAAUAUAAGCCAUUUCCCCAACAGCACGAAGCAGUUCUAAAACAAUCCCCUUUAAGUUGGCAGUGCUUGCCUAGUGGCCCAGCCCUGAAUCUGACCCUCUAGCACCACAGAAGCUGGUAUGGUGCAUACCCUAGUAAUACAAGCCCGUCAGUGUUAACAGGAAGAGGACCCGGCCAACAUCACCCACAGUUCCACAGUGAGUUCAUGGCCAGCCUGGGAUUCAUGAGACCCUGUGCCAAUCAACAAAAAGAGAAAUCCCUUUCCUUGGCAUCUUGCCUAAGGCAUCAUUAGGACUAGUUUCUUCCUUGAAUCUUCCUUAGAGACAGGCCAUUAGUUUUCCCAUGGGAAGCAAAUUCCAAUGCAUUAUUUUUAUUUCCAGUGACCAUUAUUAUGAAUUGAAUUGUUUGUGAGCGUGAGAGGGUGUGCUGCAGCGUAAGCUCACGGGUGUCCCCUGUGCGUGUACAGACGCCACAGAGAGAUGGUCUACCUCACUCCCUUACUCAGGUCUCUCACUGAACAUGGCACUAAGCCGUUUCAUAGCCCUCCUGUCUCUGCCUUUCUCCAGUCCUGGGGUGACAGGCACGCAGGCCCACCCCAGCUUCUUCCGUGGAUUCAUGGCUCUAACAACUGAGCUCCACUUCCCGUCUUGGAUUAAUUAACCAUUUAAUUAUUUUUAUGUCUUAACUAAUCCACAAGAACACUGGUAUAGCAUCCUUGGUGAGUCUAGAACUGCAGGCGCCCUCCACAGCGGGGGCACUCCAGACCUAUCAUUCCAAGCCCAGCAGGCUCACAGCACCUGAGGGCCCUGCUCUCUGUGAGCAGCCUUGGGUCCACGGGGAGGCAGGUGCAGGCCUCCCCUGGCCGCACAAUCGGGGCUAUUCCUCCUAUCGUGGUUCCUUGCUCCUCUUAAGUUUACUCCCUCACAUUCCUCCUUUGUCUCCUUUCCUCCCGCUUUUCUGCUACAGAGUUCCACCCCACUUCUCACACACACACACACACACACACACACACACACACCCUCUCCUGUGUGCGCAGGCUCCAGGCAUGACUCCAGCUCUGGCCCCACUUCUGAGUUCUGGCUGGGUGGGCUGGUGGAGGGGAUCUUGGUGUGGAGGAGGGAAGCCCUUAGCUUGGAAGGGUGCUAUGUGCCUGUCUGUUUCCAAGGCUCCUGUCAAUACCAGCUUGUUGCCUGAGGCCAGCCCAGUCAACUCACCUUUUCUUUUUGCAAAGGUGUCCAAAUGGGGCUGGGUCAGUCCCAACCCAGGUGACUCUGUCUGGAGAUGACACCCCCAUACCACAGUUAUAUAUUUUUGGCAUUUCUGGCCAGAAUAAAAUCUUUUUC